GAAUUUGAAGAUUAUAACUUUUUACCCCAAAAAAGGGGAAAAGACAAGUCAAACACUAAACAAACUAAAAAUUCAGCCUCUCUAACCACUAAUGGCACCGGGAAUUUUUCAGAAUCAAUGUGUUUUGACUUUCAAGGAAUUUCCAACCAUAAUGAUGUUCAUUGUGAUUUUCAAACUUAUACAGAAGAUGUCGUUAAUCAAGAAACUUUGGAGUUUUCCGAAUAUUUUGAUUAUGAUAAUUACUAUUCUCAAC